AUGAAUCUCCAUGGACAACCCAAACCACCAUGGACAACCCAAACCACCAUGGACAACCAAACCACCAUGAAAAACCAAACCACCAUGUACAACCCAAACCACCACGUACAACCCGAACCACCUUGUACAACCCGAACUAUCGAGGAAAAUGCGAACUACCACGUACAACCUAAACCACCAUGUACAGCCCGAACUAUCGAGGAAAACGCGAACUACCACGUACAACCUAAACCGCCACGGACAACCCAAACCACCACGUACAACCCAAACCACCACGUACAACCCGAACCACCAUGUACAACCCGAACUAUCGAGGAAAAUGCGAACUACCACGUACAACCUAAACCACUACGUACAACCCGAACUAUCGAGGAAAACACGAACUACCACGUACAACCUAAACCGCUACGGACAAUCCAAACCACCACGUACAACCCAAACCACCAUGUACAACACGAACUAUCGAGGAAAAUGCGAACUACCACGUACAACCUAAACCACCACGUACAACCCGAACUAUCGAGGAAAACGCGAACUACCACGUACAACCUAAACCGCCACGGACAACCAAAACCACCACGUACAACCCGAACUAUCGAGGAAAAUGCGAACUACCACGUACAACCUAAACCACCACGUACAACCCGAACUAUCGAGGAAAACGCGAACUACCACGUACAACCUAAACCGCCACGGACAACCCAAACCACCACGUACAACCCGAACUAUCGAGGAAAACGCGAACUACCACGUACAACCUAA